AGAUCUUCCGGUGUCAAAGUUGACCGGAACACCGGCAGUGCUGUCAUGUCUUUGUUGCCUCUGUUGCGUCUCGUAUGUUGUGAAUAGAAGAGCGGGAUAGAUGGAAAAUAAACACUUCUCUUUACAGAAGAAACACAUUUGAACCGUACCCUCAACAGUCAAACCACCCAAAAGAUGGAAGAAAAGCUGAAUGGAUCAUUCCCUGUUGUCUCCCCGGAGUAUCUUCAACAGUGGGUUCAGUCUGCACAACAGUUUCAAGCUCUCCAGGCCCAAUAUUCAGGCUUCAACCCCAACCAUCAGUUCCACUACCCGGAGGGGCCGGCGGGAGAGACAGCCAUGGCACACAUGGCUAAUCCAGAACCCAUGAUGGAUCAGCAGGAACCUGCCAACCUGGCCAAACCCCCAGCCAAAAAGCGAGGCAGACAAGCUCAACCCAAGGAACCCAAGGCACCCAAACCACCAAAAAUCCCAAAGCCACCGAAGCCACCUAAGGACCCAAAAGCACCGAAAGCCAAACCUGGUCCUAAGCCCAAGAAGGCCACUGAGGCUCAGGCAGAUGGCAAGCAAGAAAAGAUUGAUGAGAGCUUCAAGAAGGUGAAGAGGAAAGUUGACCGCUUCAAGGGAAUGUCAGAGGAGGAAGUCAUGAAAAAAACUCUACCAGACCUGCUGGAUUACAACCUGGACUAUGUCAUUAUUGGCAUCAAUCCAGGACUGAUGGCAGCUUACAUUGGACGGUGGUUUCCUGGUCCUGGAAAUCAUUUUUGGAAGUGCCUGUUUCUGUCUGGAUUUACUGAGGAGCAACUCAACCACAUGCAUGACACCAGCCUGCCUGUCAAAUACAAAAUGGGCUUCACCAACAUGGUGGCCAGGGCGACACCAGGGAGCAAAGACCUCUCAAGUAAAGAGUUACGUGAAGGAGGCAAAAUUCUUGUAGAGAAACUGAAGAAAUUCAAACCUCUUAUUGCUGUUUUCAAUGGAAAAUGCAUCUAUGAAAUGUUCUGUAGAGAGAUGUUUGGAAAAAAACCAAAGAAACUUGACUUUGGUUUGCAGCCACACACAAUCCCCGAAUGUGACGUGGCUCUGUAUCUGAUGCCUUCCUCCAGCGCCCGUUGUGCUCAGUUCCCUCGUGCUCAGGACAAAGUUCACUUCUACAUCAAACUGAGGGAGCUCAGAGAUAAGCUGAAGGGUGUCCAAAAAAGCACUGAGAUCGAGGAGGUUGAAUACUCGUUUGACCUGAAUUUGGCCAAGGAGGAUGCCAAGAGGAUGGCGAUAAAGGAGGAGCAGUACGACCCUGGUUAUGAAGAUGCCUACGGUGGAGCAUAUGCAGAGAGAGGACCUGAAGGGGAGCAGGCCCAAACCCAGACCAACGGUCACUGUACAUUCUCGUCUGUAGAAAACAGAGAAGGAGUACCCGAGGCAGCCACGUCACAAACAGCAGAGGGCCAGCUCCCAGACGGACAGUGGAUGACCCAGUCCUUCGCAGAUCAGAUCCCAGACAUCAGUGGUGGACCAAAGGGUGGCAGUGCAUAAGGAAAAGACUCUUUUGUCAGGUUUUAGAUUGUUUUCCUUUUUAUUAGGGUCCGAGUGGGAUAUACACACAUAGAUGGACUUUUUGGAAAUAUUUUUUUUCUUUUUAUUUUGUUUGUGGUCUUGUAUACAUGUAUGAUAAGCUUCAGGACAGUCUUUUUAAAUAUGUGAAAUCAGGGACUUGACAAUGAUGCUUGACUGUCCUUGGAGAAGGUCAUGUAUUUAAAUGUUUGUUUUGCCUUUGUACUGUACUGUACCAUACUGCACAAGAUGUAGUAAUUGUAAACAUUCACGUCUACUGUUUUGACAGUAGAUAAAACUCCAGAUGGUUAUUUUAUGAGCUUGACUGAUCAGUGUGAGCCUAUAGGAUCCUCUGUGUGAAGUGAGGAUUCAGCUAGCAUUAAUGUUUUACAUUCAUGGUGCUAUGAACUGACCACAAUGCAAUGUGAUCACUUGGUGAAACCAGACUCAACAUGGAAGUUGGAAAUUCCACACAAGGAAUUUCUGACGAGCCUUUCAAUAUAACGUUACAACACUCAAUGAGGUUUUAUUUUAAUCUUUGCUAUUAUCACUUUUUUGCUUUAGGAUUUUUAGAAUUAUGUUUUGUAUGUUUAUGAAAAUGUCAUUCACAAGGAAUUUUAUGAAACAUUUGUCCAUUAAAAUGUCCUGAUGAUGCUUUUUCUAUA